CCCGGAACUGCUUUUAUUUCCGACUCGACUCCUGUGGUGUUCGUGCAGACAGGCAGCAACCCAGGUAGCAGGCUGAGUUUCAGUCAUGGAGCGCAUCAUGGGAGGAGGUGUGUUUCAGAUGGUUUUAGCUAGUGCCGGACUCUUGCUGCUCUAUCGGAUCCUCGUCCGCCUCAGACCCGGCACUGCUCUGCAGGACGCUGUGGUGGUCAUCACCGGGGGCAGCUCUGGACUGGGGAAAGAGUGUGCCCGGGUGUUUCACGCAGCAGGUGCCCGUCUGGUGCUGUGCGGACGAGAUGCAGGCCGCCUGCAGCAGGUGAUCCAGGAGCUCACAGACAGUUCAACAGGAUCACAGCGUCAGACCUACACCCCCUGCAGUGUGACCUUUGACCUGGCUGACACGGACACAGUGGACAGAGCUGCAGAGGAGAUCCUGAAAUAUUACGGACACGUGGACGUCCUCAUCAAUAAUGCUGGAAUCAGUUACCGCGGCAACAUACUGGAUACUAAUCUCUCUGUUCAGCGGGAUGUGAUGGAAACAAACUACUUUGGGCCCAUCGCUCUAACUCAAGCGCUCCUGCCCUCCAUGGUUCAGAGACGCAGCGGCCACAUCGUCGUCAUUAGCAGCGUCCAGGGCAAGAUGGCCAUUCCUUACAGAUCUGCAUACGCGGCCUCUAAGCACGCCACCCAGGCUUACUUCGACUGCCUACGGGCGGAGAUCGAGCGCUACGGGAUCCCAGUGACGGUGAUCAGUCCCGGGUACAUCCGGACCAGCCUGUCCCUCAACGCCGUCACAGGAGACGGAUCCAAGUAUGGAGUUUUGGAUAAAACCACAGCGUCGGGUCGGGACCCCUUGGAUGUGGCCCGGGCGGUUCUGAGAGCGGUCCGUCAGAGGAGCAAAGACGUUGUUCUGGCCGGUCCUCUGCCUAGUCUGGCCCUCUACCUCCGCACUCUGUGGCCCGCACUCUUCUUCAAACUCAUGUCCUCUCACGCUCGCAAGGAACAGAAACCUAAAGAGGAGUGAUGGAGGAGAGGAAGUGGAGCGCUAACCACCUGAAGAGGAGUGAUGGAGGAGAGGAAGUGGAGCGCUAACCACCUGAAGAGGAGUGAUGGAGGAGAGGAAGUGGAGCGCUAACCACCUGAAGAGGAGUGGUGGAGGAGAGGAAGUGGAGUGCUAACCACCUGAAGAGGAGUGAUGGAGGAGAGGAAGUGGAGCGCUCACCACCUGAAGAGGAGUGAUGGAGGAGAGGAAGUGGAGCGCUAACCACCUAAAGGGAGUGAUGGAGGAGAGGAAGUGGAGCGCUCACCACCUGAAGGGAGUGAUGGAGGGGAGGAAGUGGAGCGCUCACCAAACACAGGACAUGUUGGAGGCACAUGGACCAAAACAUGAAUGACUGCUUUACAUGAAGGUGUGAAUACAUGCAGCUCUCUGUGACACAAACAAAACAGAAGCUUGUAUGUUGAAUCAGCAACUAUGGUGAGUGUUUUUGUAUUGUUUGGACUUCCAUAUCUUGUAACAACUAAACUCCCACUUAAUGAAGUCGCUAAGAGGCUAGGCUUGUUGCUGUGACCGUACGUGCCGAGUUAAUGUUUUAUUAAAGAAAGUUUAACAAACGAUAGCAACAGAAAACCCCAGGAUACAGCGGGUGAACUAAAUACCAUUAAACCACACCCAGGUGACAAUUUCAGGAAGUGAUAACCAAUUACAAAUAUGUGCUCUGUCAAGAAUGAAUGAUAAUAAAAGACAAUAAACAACUGCUAAAUCACAAUUUGGCUCCUACAUUUGUGAUUGAUCAAGUAAGCAGGGUUUGUUAUUCAGCUCUUUCAGACAUGAAGACACCAAGUAACACUCAUACUGUCACGACUCAAAGCUUUGCUGGAAAGACAGUUUUUGAUGGUGUUUUUCCAAAAUGCUUUAAUUUCGGAAGACCAAAAUUGUUUAGUGUGUAAUUCUGUCAGGUAUGGGGAGAAAAUACUGUCAGUGUCCGAGAAUGACUACUUUUUCAAUUGUUUCUGUGUCCAACUCAUAAUCAGCAUUACAAGCCACCUUUAAACUAAAUAAAGAAAACAGAUGAGAAUGAUGGUGCAAACAUUUCUUUUAACUGCUUUCCAUCUCAUCAGCAGAAACCAGUUUAGGAGAGAACCUAAUCUACCAAAAUACUGGAUUUGAUAAAAGUGUUUGAGCUGUUUUGGCAGAUGAUCUACUCACAGCAGCUGCAUAGAUAUCAGAAAGCACACCUUGUGUCUGGGUCAGCUGUAUCACCACUGUAAAUGAUUCUCUACACAAAGUUGUUUUAAUACCUGCAGGGGAAGGAAAUACUGCUUAUCGCUGACCGGAGGAAAUAGCUUUUUUUAUGGUCAGUUGGAUUUCCUGUUAUGGUCAACGUGUUUUUUCAGCUAUGUUGUAAUACUUUAUUUGAGUCACGUGAGUAGCAGCACAUCCUCUGUAUUUCUGUGUAGUAUAUAUUUGUGUUAAAAUAAUUAAAGGAGCUCAAUUAUUCUCAUUUUCAGGUUU